AUGGAGAUUUGCGGAACUGUUGUAGGUGUGGUGGGGUUGUAUAGUGUGUGUCUCCAGAUCAUCGAGCAGGUCGAUGAUGCACGGAACUUUAACGACGACUCGGAAAAGCUUCGUAUACUGUUUGAAGCCGAGAAGCUCAUCUUCACCCGAUGGGGCGACAGAGUAGGAAUUAGUGAUGAAUCGAAACGUCAUCCUUGCCUGGAGAAGAAUGCGGUCGAAUAUCCUCUGAUUUACAGUAUUCUCAAACAGCUUGAGAAUGCAUGGAAAGGGGCGGAGAAGUUUUUCAACACGUAUAAUGUGGAGGAGCCGGGUGCGACUAAUGCUGGUGCCGCUGUUUGCAGGGGAAAAACUUCUAUCGGGAGAAAACUUAUCUGGGCGAUAAAAGAUAAGAAGCAUUUUAUGAGCCUCCUCACGGACGUUGGAACGCUUGUUCAGAAGCUGGAUAACCUGGUUCCCAAUAAUAGUACUGAUUCUGAGGUCAAAAUUAUGGAGAUGGAGGUCAGCUUGAAGAAACUUGAAUCGAUUCUCAAAGGGAACAUAUCUCAGAGCGAGAAGGAUAGAAAAGAGACUGGCAAGUUUCAAGAUAAGGUCACAACACAUAUCGACAAAGAAGAUCGUGACAAGCUUUUGAAUUGGGUCGGCGCUGUUUCAACGGAUUAUGAGCUCGAUGACGCAUCAUGCGGUACACGUACAGGCACAUGCACCUGGAUUCGCUCCAGGCAGACUUUCUUGGACUGGUUCGGACCACCUGAUGUAGCCAUCGGUAUAUCUUCUCCUGUUCUUUGGCUUCAUGGCGGUCCUGGAAUUGGCAAAACACAUCUCGCCUCAAGCAUUAUCAAAUAUCUCCAGGAAUACUCCCCCUCAUACCCUACCGCGUUCUUCAUGUCCAACCACUCCUAUGAAGAGAAGAGACAGACUACUUCCAUCCUCCGAUCAUGGGUCUAUCAGUUAAUGCAACAAUCAAAGACUGCCUUGCAGAUCGCUCAGGAGGCAAAACCCGAGAACGGAUCCGCGGUUCCUACUGUAUUAUGGAAAAUAUUCCGUGCCAUUCUUCAAAAACUAGGACCUUGUUACUUGGUUAUAGACGGAUACGAUGAGUGUUGGGACUUCGACCCUGAUUCACGGUGCUCCGUCAAAGGAGCUCUGCAAAGCUUCAUGAAAGAACUUCGUCUUUAUGAACCUAUCGACAAAUCAAAGGUGCACCGGGUAAUCGAGUACCCCAUAAAAAAAGAAGACACUCUACUGGACAUUGCAUUGGUUUCGAACUACAUUGCCGAGUCGUUAAAGAUCAAAGAUGAUUCCCGAAGAAAAGCGGUAUCUGAUCAACUCAAGGAAGGCUGUGAUGGGAUGUUCCUUCGGUUAAGGCUUGUCGACGAGCAGCUCGAGCCGGGGAUGCUGGAUAAAGACGUCCAGGAUGUACUUAACUCUGUGCCAGAUGGCCUAGAGCGAGCAUAUCAACGAAAUAUCGAAGCAAUUCUUAAGACGACCACCAAGAAUUGUCAAAGGGCGCUUGAUAUCCUGCAAAUCCUGCUUUUCGCAACCCGGCCGCUUUCCGUCAUGGAGUUAUUGUGUGCUCUGCGCAUGAAGGACGUAGUAGACCAGGGCUCAAAAGAGCGACCGGGCUUUAUUCAAGACUACGAGAUAAACAAUUUGAAUAUCCAAACUUUAAUAGUGAAACCUUGCUGUUCCCUAAUCGAAGUCCGCGGAGGAUCGGGUUCUGACCCUGUUCACUUUGUGCAUUUCUCCGUCAAAGAGUAUCUUCUAGAGCGGAUGCGAUCGGAGGCAUUAUACCGCAGCAAUCCUUCUGGAAGAAAUCACGACACUCCGUACAUCUUCGGCCCCAGAAAUGGUGAUGAUAUCCUUCACGAAGUUUGCCUUUCCUACGUGUUCAUGCGUGCCAACUUUGAGAAGUUCGGCGAUAGUUCGUUUCAUGAAUAUGCCAGAUCGAAUUGGGCCGUGCAUUUCAACCGGUUGACCGGUGAUAGCAGAUCCCAGGGAUUGCGCCUUCAGAAGAGCCUUUUCCUGGGACCCUGGUUUAAAAAAUGGGAAGAUAAGCAAAAGAGACAAUGGGACGUACCGAAUGCCCUUAAAGAUAUAGUGGAUGGCGUGACGUUAUCACCGGCGGAGAUGGCCGCCAUGCUCAGCCUUCCCGACCUCAGUAUAUCCCUAUUCCCGGAUGGAAAAACACCUCAGAGGGUGCUUGCGUAUGCAGCCGGCUUUGGAGAUGCGGCAACCGUUCGCACGUUGCUUCAAAGAAGAAAGGAUCUUGAUGUGAAUUGGGCUGCUGAUGGAUACCCCUGGAUGCCGCUGUCGACGGCAUGUCGUGGGGGCAGUGACUCUGCUCUUGAGGCGUUACUCGAGAACGAAGGCCUGAACCUGUUUGGACCUCUUAACGAUGAGGGGGACACAGCGCUACACUAUACAAUAAGACAAUGCCAUUCUGGGCCUCCUGAGGACUGUAUGACAGUCACCACAGUCUGUGCUACUAUUUCCGUAAAUAGCGGUGAAACCAGCCUUACGCCUACCGACGAAGGAACUCGCCCGAUCGACCAACACCUGGAAGCCACUGAUGCGGGAGCUUGCGAAAGCGACGUUGGAGUCAAGGGCGCCCAAACAGCCCUCGAAACGGACGAUGGAAAAUUCCAAAACACCAAAGACGCCAGAGAUAGUGCCCAAAUAACGCCGGAUUAUUCCUCUGAUGUGGGUGAACCCAAAACUUGGCAAAGCCUUACAGGGAAUCCCCAUAGAACAGAUACUUCUGCCACUGCCAUUGCGGAGGGAGAAGUAGGAGAAUCAUCACCAGCCAUUUCUAAUACGCAGAUGGUGCUGCCGGUGCCUCAUUUUUUAUAUUUUAUUCUACCUUUUGUCAUGUUCAUUGUUUCACUCUAUCUCAAUUUAUGA